AUUAUGCAGUGUGGUUGUAAGUCAGUAACGACGCUAGAAGAGGCACGUCGUUUUAUAGUAGAUUGUUUCAAAGCAGUAGGUGUUUCAGAAGAAUAUGCAAGGAUUGUAUCUGACAACUUAGUGGAGGCUGACUAUAGAGGGCAUUACAGUCAUGGGAUGAACCGUUUAGAGCUGUACAUCAAUGAUAUUCUGGGCGGAACAGUGGAUCCCAAGGCAGUAUGUUCGGUUGAAAAACAGUCCGCAGCAACUGCGCUUGUGAACGGUAACAAUUGCUUAGGAGCUGUAGUUGGGAAAUUUUGCAUGGAUCUCGCCUUAGAAAAAGCCAGGGAUGCCGGGAUAGGCAUGGUUGUCGUUCACGGUUCCAACCACUUUGGGAUAAAUCAAAUAUAUACGGUACAAGCUGCCAAGAAAGGAUUUAUGGGGUUUAGCUUCACCAAUACCUCACCAAUCAUGGUUCCCACAAGGGCAAAGGAUGCUGCGCUAGGAACAAAUCCACUUUCCUUCGCUGCUCCUGGAUUAAAUGGAGAUAGUUUCAUACUGGACAUGUCUACUGCUUGCGUGGCUAUGGGAAAGAUUGAGAUGCGAGCGAGAAAAGGCCAGUCGAUACCCGAAGGGUGGGCUCUGAAUAGCCAAGGUAAAGUUGAGACCGACGCGAAAGUAGCAAAAGAGGCUGGUAGGUUGCUGCCAUUAGGUGGGGAAGAAAUUAAUUCCGGUUAUAAAGGGUAUGGUUUAGGGCUGAUGGUGGAAACCUUGUGUGGAAUACUGUCAGGAUCAGCAUUCGGACCAAAUAUCCGUAGAUGGGGACGUGAAAAGGCAGUAGCCAAUUUAGGCCAAGCUUUUAUUGCAAUCAAUCCCAAUAAUUUUGCGCCAGGUUUUGAAGGACGAUUAAGCACACUUAUGGAUUAUUUGAGAAACAUGGCACCCGUAGAGUCAAGCAAACCUGUCUUUGUUCACGGUGACAUGGAAAGAACGCACAUGUCAGAGGUGGAUAAGAGGGGCGGCCUCCUUUAUGUAAGCAGCCAACUUGAGACAAAUGCGCAACUAGCGAAGAAACUAAACGUAAGUCCUAUGGGAGGUACGAUGAAAACCAAGUAAUUUUUUUAACAUCAGUUUCAUUCAAUGAAAAAUGUUUAUAGUGCAUGUAUAAAUGUAUAUAAUGCAUAAAUA